AUGGCCGGUGGAGGAGAUGGCGGCGGCCUCGAGCUCGCCGCCGCCGCGGAGACGACGCUCGACGGGACGACGGACCACUCCGGCAAGCCGGCGGUGCGGAGCAAGACGGGGACGUGGCGGGCGUGCCCCUUCAUCCUCGGCAACGAGUGCUGCGAGCGCCUCGCCUACUACGGCAUGAGCUCCAACCUCGUCAACUACAUGAUCGACCGCCUCCACCAGGGGAACGCCGCCGCCGCCAACAACGUCAGCAACUGGUCGGGCACCUGCUACAUGAUGCCCCUCCUCGGCGCCUUCCUCGCCGACGCCUACCUCGGCAGGUACCGCACCAUCGCCGCCUUCAUGGGGCUCUACAUCGUCGGCCUCACGCUGCUCACCAUGAGCGCGGCCGUCCCGGGCCUUAGGCCGCCCGACGCCGCCGGCGCGGCCCCGACCGCCGGGCAGAGCGCUGCAUUCUUCGCUGCGCUCUACCUCAUCGCCGUGGGCACCGGCGGCAUCAAGCCCUGCGUCUCCUCCUUCGGUGCCGACCAGUUCGACGACGCGGAUCCGCGCGAGAGCCAGAGCAAGAGCUCCUUCUUCAACUGGUUCUACACGUCCAUCAACAUCGGCGCUCUGGUCGCGUCGUCGGUGCUCGUCUGGAUCCAGAUGAACGUGGGAUGGGGCUGGGGCUUCGGCAUCCCCGCCGUCGCCAUGGCCGCGGCCGUCGCCAGCUUCCUGCUGGGGAGCAGGCUGUACAGGCACCAGAGGCCGGGGGGCAGCCCGCUCACCCGGAUGCUGCAGGUGGUGGUGGCCGCCUGGAGGAAGAGGAAGUCGCCGGUGCCCGCUGACCCGUCCCUGCUCCACGAGGCGCCGGCGUCGGCGUCCGCCAUCCAGGGCAGCAGGAAGCUGGAGCACACGGAGCAGUUCCGGUGGCUCGACAGGGCCGCGGUGUUAACGGAGGAGGAUGACACGAUGAACAAUGAGAAGUCCAACCCGUGGCAGCUGUGCACGGUGACGCAGGUGGAGGAGCUCAAGAGCGUGGUGCGGCUGCUGCCGGUGUGGGCGACGGGCAUCGUGGUGUCGGCGGUGUACAGCCAGAUGAGCACAAUGUUCGUGCUGCAGGGCAACACGCUGGACCCGAGCGUGGGCUCCAGCUUCAAGAUCCCCUCGGCGUCGCUCUCCAUCUUCGACACCCUGAGCGUCAUCGCCUGGGCGCCCGUGUACGACCGCCUCAUCGUCCCCGCCGCGCGGCGCUGGACGGGCCACCCGCGCGGCUUCACCCAGCUCCAGCGCAUGGGCAUCGGCCUCGCCGUCUCCGUGCUGGCCAUGGUCGCCGCGGGGGCCCUGGAGGUGCUCAGGCUCCACGUGGCGGCGUCGCACGGCAUGCUCGACUCGACGGCCUACCUGCCCAUCUCCAUCUUAUGGCAGGUGCCGCAGUACUUCAUCAUCGGCGCCUUCGAGGUGUUCACCUUCAUCGGCCAGAUCGAGUUCUUCUACGACCAGGCGCCCGACGCCAUGAGGAGCAUGGGCACCGCGCUCUCGCUCACCUCGUCGGCGCUCGGCAGCUACCUCAGCGCGCUGCUCGUGUCCGUCGUCACCGCCGUCACCACCAGGAACGGCGGCCUCGGGUGGAUCCCCGACAACCUCAACCGGGGCCACCUCGACUACUUCUUCUGGCUGCUCUCGCUGCUCAGCGUCAUCAACUUCCUCGUCUACCUCUUGAUUGCAAAGUGGUACAAGUACAAGCAGCCGUCCACUACCGCCGCAACGUCGACUUAG